AUGAAUUGCGGUGUGGGUGAAGAUGACCCGUCCUACAUCAAGGCGUACGGCAUCUUCGAGUCCGACAUCAUCAUUGAUGUGCUCUCGCCGCACCUCAAGCACUUUACCUCCACACCCAUGAUCAAGCUUACUCGACCCGUUGGCCUCCUAGCGCUUGUCGUGGCAGCACUCGAGCGCGCGUUUGAUGCAUAUGGCGAGACGGGCUCAAAACCCACGGAAUACGACGACUUCACCAAGGACUACGCCAGCACUGCUGUCGAGCAAUACGGCCGAAUGAUUGCCAGCCUUCGGGACAGCCACUGGGCCAGUAUCUAUGCAGCUUGCGGCGUCAAGCAAGAGCAGAAGAAGCCCGUCACGAUGGGCCACAAGACACCUCUCGCGAGUCGCCGGGACCGUCUUCGUAUACCCAGCUCACCGUAA